AUCUGGAAUCAUUUCUCAGUUCUGUUCCUUAUUAGCUGUGUGACCUUGGGCAAGUGACUUUACCUCUCUGAGUGGUGCCGAUUUUGUUUUUAAUUAGGGCAAACAUCUCCUCCCACCUUGCAGGAUUUUAUGAGAGGCAGCACUGAUGUAUGCACACCUCCACCAGGUUAGUAGCCUACGUAAAGCAUGCAGACAUUUUUAAAGUCCUAUGAAGCCCUCCGGAGACAAUGAGGUCAGAACGCGUUUCCUAACCCUGUAACACCGGGUAGUGUCAUGAAACAUACGCCCAAGCUGUAAGGCAGAGCUCAGAGCAGUUCUCUGUUGAGUUAUAAACGCAGCGUUUUCUACGAAUUCUACUUGAAUUCGCCUCGGUGGGUAAGUUCACGCCUACCACCAUCGACUACGGGUCUGUUCGGCGCACACAAGAUUGUUAACCGCUCAAAGCCACAGCACGGGUGUGCACCUCUAACUCCCCGGCACUUGGGUGAAAAUGUAGAUUCUGAUUGGGCAGCUGUAGGGUGGGGACUCGGGCUCUGCACUGCAAAACUGCUGCUCCCCGGUGAUGUCCCUGCUGGGAGUCACUCGGACCAGCCAGACUGAGCAGGACUCCUCCGCCGCCUCCGCGCUACAGAUACUUGGGUGUGGAGCAGUCGCGGUGGCGUGGAGCGGUCCUGUGCACUGCAAGAGGUUCCGCCGCAUCCCAGCCGCUACCCUCUGGACACCAGCAAACUCCCACCCUCCAGCUAGGCUGCCCCAAACGCCUCCAGACGUCGGCAGAGGCCCCCAAAUCGGCGGGUAGAGGACGCUGCCCUGUAGGAUGCUACGAGCAAGGAUGAGCCUGGUGCACCCUGUUUCUGUCUGCUGAGAGGCACCCACCAUCCCCGUUGCUGCUCACGGCGGUCUCGGUAACAUAAGGUCUGGAGGACAGUCGCCCAAGGCCAUCUGAAAUUGUUGUCACUGAAGAUGAGGACGCUUUUGCUUCUGCUGCUGUUCAUCUAUGAGGCCUGGAGCCAUGCGGUGUCAACGCCCAACUUCGUCCUGCUGAUGGCCGACGACCUUGGCAUUGGGGAUCCUGGCUGCUAUGGAAACAAGACCCUCAGGACUCCCAAUAUCGACCGCUUGGCCAGAGGGGGAGUGAAGCUCACGCAGCACCUGGCAGCAUCACCCCUGUGCACACCCAGCAGGGCGGCCUUCAUGACGGGCCGGUAUCCCAUCCGCUCAGGAAUGGCAUCUCGGUCCCAAGUGGGAGUCUUGGUCUUCUCCGCCUCUUCGGGAGGACUUCCCCACAGUGAGAUUACGUUCGCCAAGCUCCUGAAGAAUCGAGGCUAUUCCACAGCUCUGAUAGGGAAGUGGCACCUUGGCACCAGCUGUCACAACAGAACGGACCUCUGCCACCACCCCUUGAGCCAUGGCUUUGACUAUUUCCACGGGCUGCCCGUGACCAACCUGCGGGACUGCAAGCCGGGAGAAGGCAGCGUGUUCACCAGGGCCUUAAGGCUGCUGGUCUUCCUCCCCCUGCAGGUCAUCGCCAUCACGCUGCUGACCCUGGCCGUGCUCAGGUGCCUGGGGCUCAUCCAGGUUCCCCCCUGCAUCUUCUUCUGCCUCUUCUUCCUGGCCGCCCUGGUCCUCGGAGGCCUGCUGUGCUUCCUGCAUUACUUCCGGCCCCUGAACUGCUUCCUCAUGAGGAACCGUGACAUCACCCAGCAGCCCAUGUCCUAUGACAACCUCACGCAGAGGCUCACAGCGGACGCGGCCCAGUUCAUACAACGGAACGCUAAGACCCCUUUCUUGCUUGUCCUGGCUUUCCUGCACAUGCACACGGCUCUCUUCUCUUCGAAGGACUUUGCCGGCAAAAGUAAACACGGCGCUUAUGGAGAUGCUGCCGAGGAAAUGGACUGGAGUGUCGGGCAGAUCUUGGAUGUUCUAGAUGAGUUGAAACUGGUUAAUAACACCCUGGUCUACUUCUCCUCGGACCAAGGAGCACAUGUAGAGGAGGUGACGGUCAAAGGGGAAGGUCAUGGAGGCAGUAACGGAAUCUAUAAAGGGGGAAAAGCCAACAACUGGGAAGGAGGCAUCCGGGUUCCAGGCAUCCUCCGAUGGCCAGGGGUGAUCCAGGCUGGGCUGGAGAUCGAUGAGCCAACAAGCAAUAUGGACAUCUUCCCGACGGUGGCCAAACUUGCGGGGUCCCCUCUGCCGGAAGACAGGAUCAUCGAUGGGCGUGACCUGAUGCCCCUGCUUCAAGGGAGAAGCCAUCGUUCGGACCACGAGUUUCUCUUCCACUACUGCAACUUCUACCUGAACGCCGUGCGCUGGCACCCACAGAACACUUUUGCACUGGCGCCGAAUGCCCUUGAGAUGUUUACCCGACCUUCUCUCCCGAGCCUCAAAGGCACGUCCAUCUGGAAAGCCUUUUUCUUCACACCCAAGUUCUUCCCCGAGGGCGCCAACGGCUGCUUUGCCACCCACGUGUGUUUCUGUCACGGGCAAUAUGUCACCUACCACGACCCGCCUCUGCUCUUUGACAUCUCCCAAGACCCCAGGGAGAGAAACCCGUUAACUCCGACGUCACAACCCCGGUUUCGGGAGAUCCUGGAGACCAUGCAGGAAGCGGCAGCCCGCCACGCUGAGACCCUGCGGGACGUCCCCAAUCAACUGUCGCUGGGGAACCUUAUCUGGAAGCCGUGGCUUCAGAUGUGUUGCUCAUCUUCAGGCCUGUUUUGCCAGUGCGACUGGGAGAAACAGGUUGGGAGAGGAAGCCAUUAGCCACGUGCGUCUGGGGGCGCCCGGGGCCACCCCACCUGCUGCAUCACAGACGAGCUCGGGGAGCGGCACUGAGUGAAGCCAGCCCUGGCAGCUUCCACCCCGGGACUCAGAUCCCUUUUCUCUGUCUUCUCACCUGGAGACGCCAUCAAAACCCCACAUGUACACCCUGGGGGAAAAAUCAGGGUUUGCAGUAAACAGAGGCACAGACAUUAGUCACAUCUUCCGAGGCCAAUGUUAUAUGCAUGCGGUAAGCGGGACUUCAGUGAGUCUGGCCAACACCAGUGCGGACGGAGAGCAGGAAGUUGCACGGGUAACUUGUUCAUCUCUCAGCCAAUGCAUGUGAUCCCCGACAUAAGGCAUCACUUACUCCACAAGCUGAUGUGACGCUGUGGCCACUGUGAUUCCCCUUAUAGCGCAUCACAAAAAAGAGAAUAAAAUUUAAAGAGUGUUUACUAAGUCUAACACAUGCAACGUUAUAAUGAGUAAAAGACCAUCUUGACUCAUCAUGGAUGGUGGUAAGUUCCAAUUUGGUUAUUGGAAGGCAAUUCCUGUCAGUAUUAUUUGCAAUAAUAUGAAAUACUAUUUGUGAUAUAUAUGUUUAUAUAUAUACAGUUUCUUCGAGAAGUUUACAGUAUUUAGAAUCUUAUCACUAUUUAAGUAAGAGCAAUAGAGGCUCACAGCUCUGUCUGUGCUGCAGCCUUUUGGUGAAAUCCCUCAGGAACAAUAAUGCCAAGACAAAUCUCUCCUGUACGGAUUUGCAUCCCAUAAUUGGCAGCAUUCUACUUGGCUUCUGCUGUUUCUUUGGUGAACGGAGGUUCUGAACUCAAAGGCCACUUCAGUGAUGCUGCAGUCCCUGGAAUCCCUUCUAACAGGAUUCAGAAUUCUUGGCAUGUAAAAUGUACGAUAUUUCAUGGGGGGAGAAAGACACAGGCAAUCCAUCCACGACCCAUACCCAUGAACGUGACAUCUUGAGUUCUUGCAGAAUUUAAUGAAGAGAGAAGGUGGUUCAUGUCCGUACAUACCCGUACACAUCUCCGUGUUUUCUGUGGUCUGAUCCUGUGGCUAAGAAACAUCUAUGCCUCCACCAUGAGAUGUGCAGUUUUGUUUGAAUUCCAUUUCCUGCAACCUCAGUAACGCAGGAUGAGGCAUAACCAGGUCACGUCGGAGACUGGGGGUUAGGGGCACAGCUGGCGGGAGUUCCAACGUCUGAGCCACCAGCCCCUCCUGAGGAAAGGAUUCACUUCUGCAGAGAGCACUUAGGUCACCUUCAGGCGCUGAACAUCCUCCAACAGUAUCAUGCAGGUUCCUUUCCUGAUCCGUCCUCAGGAGCUGUGGUCCGUCUGCCUCCCAUUCAUCUCUUUCGGGAACAUGUCUGAACAUCUGCUCUUGGCUCAGGGUUUUCUCCAUCCCACAAGAGUGCAGGUCAAUGGAAUACCCCACCCCACUGGUACCCUGGCCCCUCCGGGCACUUUGGAGAGGAUGUGUACAGUGUGGCUCAGGCUUUCUGACAGUGGACUCGCAUUUCCUCUGUUUGUCUCCACUGAAGAAUUUCUAAGAUCCAGCAGCAUGUCCCCAGCUCCUCUUUAAGGUCUACUAUUUCAGAUUUUAAUCCUUCUUUUUCUUAAAAAAGAGAAAAGAUUCCCGCCCCCCCUCCCCGCCCACUCCCUGGGAAUGGUUUAAAGUUGGAAAACAAACAGGAUUCUUUCUUUUAAUGCGGAUUUCUCAUUGCAGAAAUUGCCCGAAAUCUGUCACGUUGUUCUAGGAAAUAGUCUCAUGAAAGAAUGCACCAGCAUGUUACUAACGUGUUAGGAUUACUGCUAUUAUCAUACAGAAACUAUAUAAAGCCACUUACGAACUUACGUUUGAAGAUGAUCAUGUUUACUCAGAAUUGAACAUACUCAAUGCAGAUGGACAUUUACAAAACAUUUUACGAUGUAAGAACAUGUGUUUGAGGGUGAAAUAACUUGAAGGAGUUUUAUAGAUGAUGUGAAUACAUAGCUUUGUAUAGAAUUAAUUGUUUAAUCUAUACAAUGGUAACAGCCAAUGAAGAAUCCAUAUCUAUACAAUGGUAACAGCCAAUGAAGAAUCCAUAUACCUCUGGAGGUACAAUGAGCCUUAAAGUAUUUGCCUCAGAAUAACUUGGAUCACCCUUAUGUUUCACGGUAUUUGAAAAUCAGGUUCAUUUGUCAUAAUCAUAAUUACCAUAGACUUCAGACCACUUACCAUCUGAAAGUUUUGCUUGGAAUGUACAGCAGGAAAUUGGAAUUCCCAUCGGUGUGGCCUCGAGUUGUAUGCGCAAACCUUAGUGAGUUUUGAAGCUUUAAACAAAUUCUUUUUAAAAAAAACUUUGUAUUUCUAGCAUUUCUUAGAUGUUAAAGGCUAAGCAAACACUAAUCUAUAGACAGGGCACUAUUUGACAAUGUCAGUAUCACUGCAUGAAAAGCAAAAUCACAACCUACGUAUCGAGGUAAUUAAGGAUUAAAGAAAGGAAACAGAUUUCAGGUAGCCCUGAAGGACAUCCAGUGAAGGGUAAAGAAACAGGAAAAGUACUUGGCAUCUGUCUGAACAAUGCGAUCUGUGAAGUGAUUGCCUCUGUGCAGGUUUCCCAGAACCUUGUCCUGAUGUUAAUGCAAAAUUAAAAUAAAAUUUUCCUUGGCAAUUAAA